AUGGCUGCCGUUUUCGGGGGCACCCAGUCUCUCCAUACGAACGCAUUUGAUGAGGCACUUGGUUUGCCAACAAAAUUCUCUGCUCGCAUCGCCAGAAAUACUCAAAUUAUCCUUCAAGAGGAAACUGCAAUUACUCGAGUAGCCGACCCUUGGGCAGGAUCAUACUUGAUUGAAUCGCUUACUUCCCAGGUGGAAGCGGGCGCACUAAAGGAGAUUGAGGAGGUGAUUAUUGAUUAUUUAAAGAUUCCUAGCUCAUACAUCUCGUUUUAA